AAGUUACGCCACUCAGCGGCAUAACAGCAAGAGUGGCCACUGGGUAUAAAAGAGGUUAGCGUCUACAGAUGCUCUUGGUGUCAAGUUGGCUGUCAAAGGCGGAGGAGAACUGUCAAGGGACAUAACCCAGAUAUUACAACGGCCUGUGAUCUGAACUCUAAGAGAAGUCCUCUGAAACAGAGCUACAGGCAAUAUGUUCCCGCGAACGAGUGAGCUGCAGGCCAUGUUCUACCAGAACAACCUCAAGUCGGGCCUCAACGGCUCCGCCUACGCCUUCACACAAGCCAUCAAGGGCCUUACUCUCUGUACAUUUCAUCUUUAACCAGUACACGUCGGUGACCGCAGUCCGACAGGCCAUCGCCAACAUCCAGCCCAAGCUGGGCAAUACGGACACCCACCUGGCCCUCAAAUACGCCACGGACACACUCUUCACUGUCCAGUCCGGAUCCCGUUCUGAUGCGGCCCGUAUCGCUAUUGUCUUGACCGAUGGUCAGUCCGACGACAGCCUGGCCUCCAAGAGGAACGCGGCCGCACUCAGGCAAAAAGGCGUCACCGUGUUUGUCAUUGGUGUGGGCACGGACACAGACGUGACAGAGCUCAACGCCCUGGCCUCUGAGCCCACGUGCACACACGUGCAGAACCUGGACCAGUACUCUGAGCUAGACUCUCUCAAGACAGAGAUCCGACAGGUCUCUUGUGAAAUUAGCGAGAACGUGUGCCUGGAGCGAGGAAAGGUGCGACUCUGCACGCCUCUCGAUCUGCUGAAGGCACUGUAUACUGUUGUGCAGUUGAAUCCUGUCACUGGUGACUGUGGCUUCCGGGUCGUUGUGUGCGAACUGUACCAAUGGCAACUGGAACCAAGGCAAACGCUUCUUCGCCUACCCAGGAAACGACACGAUGUACAUCAUGUGUACGGAGUACGUGGGCGUCUGCAAUGUCAAACAGUGUGCCAUUUACCACAAGUGGAAUCAGGUGGACCAAGCAUGUACCUACGAGAACAUCGUGCUGGACUGGACCAAAGACCAGUACCAGACUUCCCCCCACCCCAUCGACUACCUGUGCAAGCAGGGACAGGGCGACAACGACAUGUACUUCCACCCCCACCCCGUGGAUCAGACCAAGUACAUUCAGUGUGACGAGUUCGGAGACGCCUUCGUCAAGGAGUGCCAGAACGGCGAGAUCUGGAGCCAGCAGCUCAUGACCUGUGUGCCUGGGCAGCCCAGAGUCAUCGGAUAGAAGGCGUUUAUUUUGACAAAUUUAAAAGAAACCUCGUCUAAGGAUUUCUGAAGAUGCAACAGUUGUUAUUUGUCGACCCUGGUUCUACAUGUAGAUAUGAGGAAAAUUUGCUAAGACGCCAUCAUUAAGUGCCAGUUCGUCGAUCAUGGCCCCCCAUUCAUUUUGCCUCUUGGAUGCUAUGCUCUGAAUAAACUUAUACUAUUAUCCUGGUGUUCCCCGUCACCCAUCUGUUCAAGUUUUCCAGAUAAAAUUGCACUGGGUCUAA